GUACCAGGCCCUCGUUUCCUUUCCCCGGAACUCCUCAACUCGGGCGCUCGAUUCCUGGCUUCGCCUCGUGCAGAGUUGUUCAGACAUGACUGCUUGCAAGCAGACUGCAUCCACGGGCGCCGCCGCCACGGACGAGGCCGACAGCAAGUCGGCAGCAAAGAGCGAUGGAGCGGAGGAGCGGAAGCCCUCGACCAAGUGCAAGAAGGGGAAGAAGGCCAAGGGCAAGUUGGGGGUGAAGAGCGAUGGAGCGGAGAAGCCGAAGACCCAUGACCUUUCCGAUGUUACACUGGGGUUGGCGGUGAUGAGCAUUGCAGUGGAUGAAGCGCUCGCCCUGCGCACCUACCAGAACCAGUUCUGGAUGAGGCACUUCAAAGACGUCUGUGACAGGCCGUCAGUAGAUGCUAUUAGAAAGCAAGCUGCUGAAAACUGGAAAUUCUUUAACGAUUCGGACAAGGCCCCUUAUGUAGCCAGGGCCCGUGAGGUCAAAAUAGGCAUGGCUCGGAUUGCUGAGUUCAAGAAGAAACUGAUGUUGACGGAGGUAAUGACAAACGAGAUGGUGAAUCUGAAAAUGUGAACACACAAGAUCUCUAAGAAAUGACUUGGUAGAUGGCACAAUUACCGCAAGCAACUCCUCAACCUGAUUCUGUCUGGGCCGGCACUUGGAGGGUUGAGAUGCAGGUGCAGUUGAAGCUGCCAUAUGGACGAUACUAGUAUUAAAUAUGUUUGUGCUCCUGGCUUUAGAUGUUGAACUCUUUGUAAUGUUUGCUUAGUACGUAAGUACUACCACUAUCAAAAUGUAAGACGCUUUUUGGUUUUGCAUAGGGCAUGAGGGAGGGAGUAAUUUUUAACGUCCGUUAACUUUUCACUAUUAGAAACCCUAUGAUGACAUUGCGAGAUUGCAAGGGCA